AUGUCGCCAGCGUCAGCGCCAGUACCAGCGCCGGACGGCGGACGCGCCUCAAAGAAGAGAAAACUCGACGGGAAGAAUACCAUCAAGGUCGGAAACAAGGUGAUAUCGUUGGAGGGCUACUUAAACCCUCCGGCCACCAAAAAAGAGACCCCAAAGAUACAGGAACAACCCCGGGAGUCGACAGACAAAACACAACCCGAGGAGACGAAAGCCCAAAAGAAGGAGACAGACAAACCUGGCAAGCCAGUCCCGCCUCUGAGUAAGCAUCAGUUCAAAAAGCCUUUUGAUAAGGGAGGGCCGAGGUCAGCUCAAAGAGGGCCGAGAUGGAGGGACGACCCAAGCCUACUUAAGGUCCGACAGAAGUUGCCCAUUUGGGCUCACAGGGAGGAUAUCCAAGAACGAUUGCGCCAGAAAGACGUUCUUCUUCUCGUCGGCGAGACGGGUUCCGGAAAGAGUACACAGGUGCCCCAGUUUUUGGUCAGAGAGCCCUGGUGCAAGAGGCAGACUGUGAGCAUCGAGGGUGGAAGGGAGGUUAGCGUGGGCGGCAUGAUUGCGGUUACGCAACCCCGUCGAGUCGCCGCGACGACCCUCGCACAUCGCGUUUCUCGCGAGGCCGGAACACCUCUGGGCGAGAGUCGUGAGGGAAUGGUCGGAUACUCAGUCCGUUUCGAUCACCAGGUACCCAAGGGUACAAAGAUCAAGUUUCUCACCGAGGGAAUGCUGCUCCAAGAGCUUCUUCGAGAUCCCAGCUUACGGCAGUACAGCGCCAUUGUUGUCGACGAAAUUCACGAGAGAAGCGUCGACGUGGACCUCGUAUCUGGCUUUCUUAAGCAGAUACUUUUGAGCGACCGCCAAGGUCGUGGUGGCGUCCCGCUGAAGGUCGUCGUCAUGAGUGCUACUGCCGAUGUCGAGCGUAUUCAGGGAUUUUUCUCGACGAAUGAGCAAGGGACAGAGAAGCCAGGAACAGAGGAGCCGGGUGCAGACAGCGACAACAUGGAAAUCGACGGAGAGAAGCCCAGUUCAGUCGAAGUUCUCAAAAUCCACGGCCGCCAAUUUCCAGUCAAGAUGAUACACACCCCCAAACCGGUGCCCGAUAUCCAGGAGUCUUUGUUGAAGAUCAUUUUCAAAAUUCACACUGAAGAGCCUUUGCCGGGCGACAUCCUCGCGUUCCUCACCGGUCAAGAGGAGAUCGAAUCGGCCCAAGCGCUCAUCGAAGAGUAUGCCGCCACCUUGGAUUCCAACGUCCCCAAGAUCAAAGUCCUUCCUCUAUAUGGUCAGCUCUCCAUGGAGGGUCAACACGCAGCCUUUCAGCCUAUCAAGGGCAUGACCAGGAAGAUUGUUCUAGCCACCAACAUCGCCGAGACUUCCGUCACAGUUCCCGGAGUGCGGUACGUUGUGGAUUGUGGAAAGGCCAAGGUCAAGCAGUUUCGCUCCCGCCUGGGCAUGGAAUCGCUCCUAGCCAAGCCCAUCUCGAAGUCUUCAGCUAUCCAAAGGACUGGUCGUGCUGGUCGUGAGGGUCCAGGAAAGUGCUUUAGGCUGUACACUGAGGGAACAUUUGGUACGCUUGAGGAAACCGACUUGCCAGAAAUUCUACGAAUCGACGUCCUGGGAGCCGUCCUCACGAUGAAGGCCAGAGGUAUUGACGACAUUCUCGGGUUUCCUCUGAUGGAUACACCGGACAUCGAAGCCAUUGAGCGGGCUCUUGUCAGCCUCCACUUGCUCGGCGCACUGGAUGAUGAUGGUACCAUCACUGAGGCAGGUCGCAAAAUGGCUGGCUUCCCCAUCUCAGCAUCCUUCGGUGCUGUGUUGCUAGCAUCUGCAAAGCCCGAGUUCGACUGCGUUCUCGAGGCCAUUGACGUCAUCUCUUGCAUUACUUCCGGCGAUGACAUCUUCCACCAGCUACAAUCGGAGGAGCAGCGCGAGGAGAUUGAAGAGCUACGGAAGGAACUCUACCGCCGAGAGGGUGAUAUCCUGACUUAUCUCACGACCAUGCAGCAGUACGCUGCUGAAAAUGCAGACCGCAUCCAAUGGUGUAAAAAGAGAAAGGUCAACAUCCGCAACAUGAAGACCGCCCUUAAUAUCCGCAAGCAGCUGCGCAAUCUAUGUCUGAAGGAGGGUUUGCUGUCCGAGGCUCCGCCGCCUGAUCCUCAGCCGUUCAGCCCUCUUCCGCCUGAGCAGGCCGAAUCUUUGCUCAAAUGCUUCCUCCGUGGUUUCGUCUACAAGACAGCGAUCUUGGCGCCGGACGCGAGUUACGUGACGUCGCAGGGCAAGCACGUCAUCGCCAUCCACCCCUCGAGCGUGUUGCACGGAAAAAAGAAGGAAGCCAUCAUGUUCUUGGAGCACGUCUUUACGCAGAAGAGCUAUGCAAAAAAGGUCAGCGUCAUUCAAGCUAACUGGAUCGUGGAGACGUUGGAGGGAUCCGGGUAA